UUCUGUCGACAGACUCGAGAGCUUCUGACAGUUUUUAAAAAAAGACUGUUUUUAAGUGAUGUAUUUUUGUUUAAGAUUAGAUUUUAGGUUAAGCAGGUCUCUCACGUGCUGUGUGUAGUUACAUUAGCUAUUUCGUUCCACCUUGCGUUUGCUUCCAUGGUAACUAUUGAAGACAAGGUCAGACAAGCCCUGAAAAAGUGGCUUGUCAAGAUGCAAAUUAAUAUUUUUCAUACUGACGUCAAUUUGUGUUAGUGUUAAACUAAACUGUGACAUCUUGAAGUUGCUAUGAAAUCCAGCGGACCACUGUUUACGAGGCAGAAUCCAUUCCCACCUGUAUCCACGGUGAAGACGAGGGCUCACUACCACCCAUCACUCAAGAAGUCCCUGUCAAAAAAGGAGAAGAAAAUUACUCUAAGUCCUGUUCGUUUGCAUCAGACCUCUAAUAGUCCACCUCGCUCUCUAAACCGGGAAAGCCAACAGCUGUAUGAAAAUCAUGAUUUUCCUGCCAGUGAUGGACAACAUGUAUUUACCGAGAUCUGGCCCUCUACCGAAUGUGGAUCCUCUGCUGACGUCCCUGAAAUGUUGCCAGACAAACUCUCUACAAAAUUAGAGACAUCCACAGUUCCAUCUGGCGUGAAGGAGGAUUCUGUACUCGCAAAAUACAUAGAACGUUUUCGUCGUGGUCGGCCUCAGAGCCGAGCGGAGCGCCAACAGAUGGCUUCUACUGUUGGGGGAGAACGGCUCCCGUUUUGGUGGAUGACCCAUUCAUCAGUCCCCAGUUCAAACCCAGCUAAAUCACUAGACAAAGACGGCCAUGAUUCUACCGCUGACAGUCUAGAUGAACAGCCUCAACAUGACAUGUUCUUCAAUGUUGGGUCUGACUGCUCUCAGGGGGAAUAUGAUGAUACAGAUUUAAUAAACCUUCAAGAAAGAGCAAGCAGACUUCUACUGAGGGGCGAAUGUAGUCCGAGUGACGGGUCCAUUCCUGUUAGCUCAGAUGGCCUAGGAUGCUCCGAUUUCUCCUCUCCAGUCAGCGUGGACGAGCCAGUGCGGCAGCCUUUGAUUCCCAGUUUGACGAAGUCAACUACUGCAGUGAUCGGUCCAGACCCAGCUGCUGCUGCUGCCUUCUCUCAGAAAUCUGUCAUGGCCACCAUGACACCUCCCACUCGCCCAGAGGACGAUAUUUUGUUCCAGUGGCGAUUACGGAGGAAGAUGGAGCAGGCUAGAGGGUGGUCCCGGUCCAUGAAGCAGUCAGGGCUUCAUGAUUCUGCUUUCAGCUGGCAAGCCCCCAGUUUGGUCCAUGCAUCACAACAACUGAGCUCCCAGCCUCCACGCUUCUCAGAAAGCGACGCUCAUCCACACAUGAAGGCUUCCCAAGCAGAAACCACUGAGGCCCACAGACGAGGUGCUCCAGCUCCAAGUCCUCCACGCUUCCUUCCUGCUGGUGUUCCCCCUUCUUCUUUGAUGUCUCAGACCCAGACUCUUUCCCAUACUCCUACUCACAUGCACUUACUCUGCAAUGUCCUUCCCUGCCCCAACCAGCCAACUCUUGCUAAUGAUGAGCAAAGCGUUUCACAGAAGCCACUUGAGCCCCAAACCAAAGCUGUCCACAGAGAAACCCAAGUCUCAGAAAGCUUAUUGAGAACCAGCAGUGAUGGGCCUAUCAAAGAGUGUUUGCCAGCCUCACGGCAUGCAUCCUCUGGACAAGGAGAUGGUCCUAGUCAGCAAAACAUACUCCAUAAGAACAAGAAGAAGAAACUGGUGACAAAAGAGUCAGACCAGAAGACAGCCCCUCCCUCCAGGCACCAGAGGAAAGCUGUGAGGGGUUCUUCAUAUUCGAGCAAUCCAAAAAACACAGCAUCAGUAAAAGAGCAGCAUCAUCAUAAUGAAGGCAAGGCGGUUCCAAAGGAAAGCUGCACUGGCGGUCAUGGGCCUCCGUCCUCUCCAGUUCACACCGCCUUAGGACAGGUAGUUUCAGAGGUUUUGUUCCCUACGGUGGCUCAGAAGACUCCAGUUUCAUCCGUUUCUACUCCUAAAAACAUCUCCUCACCUUCAGGGUCCCCCGUUCCUUUAAAUGUUACACAGAACUCCCUGGAGGUCAUUUCACAGCUGCUUCAAGAGGCUGAAGAUUCUGAUGGAAAAGAGUUUGAAGAUGACCCUCUGUUGCAAGUCCUUCGCCAACAGAGAAAAUGGGUGAAAGAUCAGAUAAGAGAGGUGGACGUCAGGCUGAAUGAAUACCAGGAAGGACAAGCAGUGGCUUGAACAAAUCACAGUUGUUGUUGUUGUUGGUUUUUUUUUGGUGUUUUAUAUUGAAAUAAAGUUUAUUUAUAUGAUAUUUCAACAUACAGUUUGGAAUACAUCUAUAUGCAUUAAUUACAAUCACAAUAUAGUGCAUUUACAAAUGUUGCUCAAAGGUAUAGCAGCUUCAACAGUGAGUUAGGAAUAUUUACAAAGACGUGUUCGUUGAAAUACUGCGGACGGUCGAUGAGCAACAGUGGGGGAGAACUUUAUAUACAAACCACAAAGAGCGGGGAAUAUCAGAACAGUGCCAGGAGCAAAACAAAACAGACGGGUGUUUCGGUAUGCUGUGUGCUGCU